AUGACACAAAAGAAGCCCCCCGUUUGUGAGAGCCAGCACCAGGAUUUGUGUGUGAACAAAGGAGGCCACGAUAAACCAAGCUUGGUCUUUGCUGAUCUAACUCCAGAAGAGAUGGUACAAGUGAAGAAAUACUUGUGGGACAAACUUGGAGUGCCUUUAGUGGAACCCUGUGAAGCCAAGCCAUCAAACAACAGCAUUUAUUCCAUUGCUCUCCAUCUUCCCCCUAAAGCAGAGGUACUGCAAUUCCUGGACCACAGAGGGAGAAAACCCACACGAGAAGCUCUGGCUGUGGUCCAUUUUGGAAACCAAAAGGAGCCAAACAUCACCGAAUACGUCGUGGGUCCUCUUCCAAAGCCAAACUGUCACAAAGACAUCACAAAGGAGAAGUACGGAGGGAAGCUGCCAUACCAUCGACGUUUUUUUACGGAAAACGAGAGGAAAGAAAUCAAUAUGUUCGUGAACAAGAAUUUUUCCGAAGCUCCAAAUUUUAUGCACAGGGUGUUCGAUUGUAAUGGAACCGACCUCGUGGGGAUCCUGGCUGCGCCGCCGGGGUUUAAAUCUGGAGACAGGAACGUUUGGGUGGCUCAAUUCCAGAAUGUUUCCGGCGCUUACCUGCAUCCGAUUGGGCUGGAGGUGCAAGUCAAUGUUAGCAGCUUGAAUGCUUCUGAGUGGAAAGUGCUGAAGGUGUUCUAUAACGGGCAGUACUUUAAGGACAUGGAAGACCUCGAAAGACAAUUCAACGAGGGGAAAGUGGAAGUGGCCAAAGUGAAGAAAGCUCCUCAAGAUGGCGGGUACGCGUCCUUGAAACCAAAGGUCCCACCCAAGUGGCCAGGCCCUCUGCAAUAUGAACCUCGUGGCCCACGAUAUUGCCUCAGGGACAACCAAGUCACCUUUAUGUCUUGGAGAUUCACCUUUGGCAUGGAAGCCAACAGAGGACCACGUGUCUUUGACGUUAGGUUUAAGGGCGAGAGGAUAGCCUAUGAAUUAAGCGUGCAAGACGCGUCUGCCCUCUACGGGUCCAAUAGUCCAGGGCUGAUGGUAACCAGGUACAUGGACCUAAGCUCUGCCCUUGGGAAGGAGGCUCUCAACCUUACCCGGGGCGUUGAUUGUCCUCAUUUAGCGACCUAUUUGGACCAGCACUAUCUCCUUGAUUCCUCAAAGCCAAUCACUCGCAAAGACUCUAUCUGCAUCUUUGAACAAAACGCUGACGUUCCAGUACGACGCCAUUAUGACCACUUAGCCUCUGCAUUUUACGGAGGGUUAGUCGAUUCCGUCCUAGUCUUCCGGUCCAUCUCUGUAAUAGGGAACCAAGACUACAUCUGGGAUUUUGUGUUUCAUCAAAACGGAGCGGUUGCCGUCUCGAUGCACGCCAGCGGGUAUAUCCUGACGUCUCUCUUCUUCGACGACGCUGCGGACUUUGGGAACCAGGUUCAGGAGCUGGUGCUGGGACCAAUGCACACUCACAACAUUCAUUACAAAGCGGACUUGGACGUCGGUGGUAAGUGUGGUUUUGUGUUUUUGAGGGAAUGCAGCAAUGCCUCCUUGCUAAAUAUUUAA